AUGUUGCCUGGGUUUCAGCACCUACGUUACAGAGAAAGGUUGAACAAGAUAGGUCUUUAUUCUUUGGAGCGCAGAAGGUUAAGGGGGGAUUUGAUAGAGGUCUUUAAAAUGAUGAGAGGGAUAGACAGAGUUGACGUGGAUAAGCUUUUUCCAUUGAGAGUAGGGAAGAUUCAAACAAGAGGACAUGAUUUGAGAAUUAAGGGACAAAAGUUUAGGGGUAACAUGAGGGGAAACUUCUUUACUCAGAGAGUGGUAGCUGUGUGGAAUGAGCUUUCUGUGGAAGUGGUGGAGGCAGGUUCGUUUUUAUCAUUUAAAAAUUAAUUGGAUAGGUAUAUGGAUGGGAAAGGAAUGGAGGGUUAUGGUCUGAGUGCAGGUGGAUGGGACUAGGUGACGCACUAGAUGGGCUGUGAUGGCCUGUUUCUGUGCUGUAAUUGUUAUAUGGUUAUAUAAGAUGUGAACCAAGGCUAUGAGGAGAAGGGGCAAACUGACCUGUGUACUUGGAAGUGAGAGGUAAGGGGUUACCGUGUAGGAGGUAACUGCAGAUGCUGGUUUACACUGAAGGUAGGCACACAAAAUGCUGGAGUAACUCAGCGGGACAGGCAGCAUCUCUGGAGAGAAGGAAUGGGCGAUAUUUUGGGUCGAGACCCUUCUUCAGAACUGCAGUUGCUGGUUUCCCUUGAAGAUAGACACAAAAAGCUGGAGUAACUCAGCAAGUUGUUUCCUUGAUCAUUGUUACUGGCUGUGAUUUGUCCUUUUGCAUAUCUUUCAUUCAUUUUUUUUAAUGUACCUUUCCAUAUCUAUUUUCCCUCUCCCCUGACUCUCAGUCUGAAGAAGGGUCACAACCUGAAACGUCACCUAUUCAUUUUCUCCCGAGAUGCUGCCUGACCCGCCGAGUUACUCCAGCUUUUAGCGUCUCUCCAGUGGUAUGGGGUGUGUUAACAGCAGAGAUAUUCAGUGCUGUUCUCUUCAGCUAACAGUGGUGUGACAAAGAUUGUGUUAUUCAUUGAGUAUCAGGAUAUCACCGACAGAUACAAAGUGGUGGAAUAACACAGCGGGUCAGGAAGCAUCUCUAGAGAAAAAAGGAUGGAUGAUGUUUCAGGUCGGGACCCUUCUUCCGACUGAAACACCUUGGGGCUGGAGAAUACCUAGGAACAGAAAGGAGAGCUGUCCAGAAUAGAAUGAGUGAUGUGCAAAGAACUAGGAAGAGAGGGAUAUGGAUUACGUGUAAUCAGAUGUGAUUAAUUUAUCACAGCAUUAUGUUUAGCACUGACAUUGUGGGCCGAAGGGCAUGUUCCCGUGUAGUAUCUUUUUACAUUCUAAGUCAGAGGUUCAGCUGAAGGACUGAAGACCAAGAUUCAAACAGAACCACAACAGUGAUAAUCUUUGAGAUACAAAAGAUACUGAAAUUUGAAGCAUAAACAAACUGCUACAGGAAUUCAUUUGGCCAGACACAGAUCGUGGAGGAAAUCGGACCGUUAAUGUUUUUGGUUGAGACCCUUCCUCUCGGCAGCCUGGAGGAAGGGUCUCGACUGGAAACGUCGACUGUCCAUUUCCCUCUGUAAGCAAUAAUGUUGUUAUUGCUCUCUCAGCCAUGCUCAAGUUGGCACGGGGUCAGGCAUGGAGGUAAUGACUGCUCAGGUACACAACCAAGUAGUUUUAAAGAUGACAGCUUCUGCCUGUUAAUUCUUUAUAGUAGUGAGUUCCUGAUCUGUACUGCCCUCUUGGGUAGAAAAUAAAAUUCUCAUCACACCUCUUAUGUUACCAAUUAUCUUAUAGCUCUGCCCUCUUUUUUUUAAAACCUGUCUUUUUGAGGGAAGCAGGUUCUUCCUAUUUACUCUUUCUAGUUUUCUCAUAAUUUUAUAUAUAACUGAUGUCUCCAGCCACACAUGCGAGGAAAACAAUCUGGCCAUAUCCAUUCUUGCUAAAAAUUUCCAGUUUUCACAGCAACUAUAAAUCUUCUCUGUUGCUCCAAUGAUUAAUUCUGUUCUUGCAAUCUCGGAAGUGUUGUGUUCAGUUCUGUUGCAAUCUUCCUCUUAUAGCUUAUCUGAUAACCGAUAGGAUUCUGAAUGUCUUUUUAUCAAACCACCGUGCCAAUUUAAAGGAUCUCUGAACGUGCACUCUAUACCUCUAUACCCCUCGAUAUCUGUGAAUUUUCUUGCCCUGCAUCUCGCAAAUGCAUUACUUCACACUUCCCUGAAUUAAAUUCUAAAUAGAGUGGAUGUGGAGAGGAUAUUUUCACUAGUGGGAGAGUCGCGGACUAGAGGUCAGAGCCUCAGAAUUGAAGGACGUUCCUUUCGGGAGAUGAGGAGGAAUUUAUUUAAUUGGCGGGUGGUGAAUCUGUGGAAUUCUUUGCCUCAGAAAGCUGUGGAGGCUGUCAAUGGAUAUUUUUAAAGCAUAGAUAGAUUAUUGAUUAGUACGGGGUUUUGGGGAGAAGGAAGGAGAAUAGGGUUAGGAGGGAGAGAUUGAUCGGCCAUGAUUGAAUGGCAGGGUAGAUUUGAUGGGUCGAGUACCCUAAUUCUGCUCAUACCAUUUUUGACCUUAUAACUGAUGUGACCACGUGUAUCCUUCUGCAGCAUAAAGCUAUCCUCUGAAGCUUUCUUAAAUUUAAAUGUAAAUCAUUAAUAUAUAUUGUGAAAUACAAAGGACAGAGCACUGAACUAUUUGCUUCCAGUCACAAAAACACCUGUCAUCCUUUACUCUUUGACUCUUUAGCAAUUAUAUACAAAAUUGUGAGGAGGCCCGGAAGAGUAAAUGGUUUGGGAACAUCUCCCUAUAAGACUGCAAGAAAUUGCCGAGUUGUGGACGUAGCCUAGGCCAUCGUGCAAACCAACCUCCCUUCCAGAUUUGGGGACAGUUUCUUCCCAGCUUUUAUCAGGCAACUGAACUGUCCUCUUACCAACCAGAGUCCUGACCUGCUGUCUUUCUCAUCAGAGACCCUUGGAUUAUCUUUAAUUGACCUUUACUGGACUUAUCCUGCACUAAACGUUAUUCCCUUUAUGUUAUAAUGGAAAUACAAGAGACUGCAGAUACUGGAGUUUUGAGCAAGAAGCAAGCUGCUGGAGGAACUCAGAGGGCCAGAUAGCAUCUGUGGAAAAAAAUGGUGUUGGAUUUGUGAAAAUGGUGGAAUUAUCUGCAGAGCAAAGUUGCUGAACGAGCACCUACCUGUUGGGACAAGAUGGAGCUUCAGUCGGGCUGAAACAGGGUAACGUGUUCCUGCAGAGAAAUUGCUAAAGCUGUAAAGACCUAGCAGCUGAAAGAAACCCGCAGCAGAGUGGGUGGAAGAAAAUUAAACGCUAAAGCAGUCACCAUGACGUCCUCAUCCCUUCGAAGACAGAUGAAAAACAUUGUAAACAAUUAUUCUGAAGCCGAGAUAAAAGUACGGGAGGCUACGUCAAAUGAUCCCUGGGGUCCCUCGAGCUCCCUGAUGGCAGAAAUCUCCGACCUGACCUACAACGUGGUGGCAUUCUCGGAGAUUAUGAGCAUGAUCUGGAAACGCCUCAAUGACCAUGGCAAAAACUGGCGUCAUGUUUACAAGGCUCUGAUGUUGAUGGACUACCUGAUCAAGACUGGCUCUGAGCGGGUAGCACAACAGUGCAAGGAAAACAUCUUUGCCAUUCAGACUCUGAAGGACUUCCAGUAUAUUGAUCGGGAUGGAAGGGAUCAGGGUGUCAAUGUGAGGGAGAAGUCGAAACAGCUCAUUGCGUUACUGAAGGACGACGAGAGGCUUCGGGUUGAGCGCAGUCACGCACUGAAGACAAAGGAACGGAUGUCGAGUGUGACGACAGGAGUCGGCAGCAAUAACCAGAUAAUGUUCGGCCGAGGCUCCAGCCACCCAAACCUCUCCACCAGCCAGUCGGAUGAGUGCGGCAAAGUGGGCGGUUCACCCGCUUCCUACCACGGCUCUACUUCACCGAAGAUCUCCUCUGAGCUGGAGCAGACGCGGCCUCAGACAAGCGGUGAAGAGGAGCUGCAGCUACAGUUGGCGUUAGCCAUGAGUCGGGAAGAAGCUGAGCAGAUUUUCAAAUGUGCCACAACAACUGGCAGUCAAUCAAGAAACACAGUGACGACCUUGGCUGCACAGGAGGAGCGCCGCCGUCGUGGAGGUGACCUCCGUCUACAGCUGGCGUUGGAAGAGAGCCGGCAGAAGCUGCAGAUGCCCGGCGGGGUCCCGCACAGAAACGAGACAGCUUUGCUGGAUCUGACAGACUCCACUCCCUCUCCCCUGACACAGAAACCGGAUCCCUGGGGGACUCCCUUCCCAUCAGCAUCCACUGCCAAACCGAACCCGUGGGCUGCCGUGUCUCGACCAGUGUCGGCCGAUCCCUGGAAGCAAAUGGCAGGUUCCAGACUGGCUGUCACUACCACCGAUCCGUGGGGAGCUUCCAGUCACCCCCCUUCAGGAGACCAGCAGACGAGAAGCACAGAUCCCUGGGCCUCAGUCGCACCAGCCUCUGACCGAGACCCCUGGGCUCCAACCUCUCCCCCAGGGCCUUCCCCCUUCCACUCCCUCAACGCGGCAGAAGCAACUGUCAUGGAUGAUUUCUCCGCGUUCAGCCAUCUCCGAGGGUCACCCAAGAAAGCAGAAGGACAGGCAGCAGGUGGCAGAUACGAUGCGCCAGGCGAUGCCAUGAUCUCGGUGCCCACGUCCGGUGACGCGGGCUGCCCCGACUCCUUCGACAUGUCCCGCAUGCCCGGCACCAUGGGCUCCAGGCUGCCCACCCCCAAGCACCAGCAGAAGAAUCCCGAAUCCUUCCUGGGACCUAAUGCCUCGCUUGUCAACCUGGACACUCUGGUGACCCGCACAACGCACCCAAACAUGAGCACAAACCCUUUCCUGAUGCAGGGUGUUCCUGCAGUGGCGACUGCCAACCCGUUCCACAGCGCGCCCGCGCCGGUAUCCAGCUCCAUGAUGGCCGUGACCCAGACGCCGUUCGGACCCGUCAACGUGAGCGGCGGCGGCCCCUUCUCCUCCAUGCCCGGCGUCGGGGUGCCUCCCAUGGUGACCAUGCCCGCGAUGGGCAUGCCUCAAGGUGCCAGCGUUCAAGGGAUGAUGGGCCCGACCUACGUCGCCAUGCCAACCCCUCCCGCCCCGGGCCCUGCUCCCAGCUCCACCAACCCAUUCCUCUUAUGAUGGCGGUUCGGGGGGCUCCCAUCUCAGCUGAUAUUUAAGUAAAUCUUUUUAUGACUGGUUAUUCCUUCCCCCCGUGCAACUGGAGAGCAAAAUAUACAACGUCCUUCCUUAUGGAUGAAUGUGAAAGCGACACUAAGACGCAAGGAAAAUUCCCAGGAUUGUCCUUGUGAUAAAUAACCCUUGUGCACCCUGAAUUGAGAACAACAUGCCUGGUUUGGCAGUACCAGAAGUAUUAUCAGUCUGUCUGUACAGGAGCCUGAAGAAGCUAAACCUUGAGUUCAAACGGAGACCUACUUUGUGGGCGCUCUGGGUUAAGGACCCUAACAUGGUUCUACUCAAUUACCCUGCAUUCUUUGUCACUGGGAAGAGGUUACGUGGGGGUGGGGGAGGGGGGGGAUGGAGUGUAGACGAGGCUGUCACCAAGAGGCCAACUUACCACAAGAGUUGAGGGAAGUAAAAGAUUGCGUGCCUGGUGAAUGUACCCUUAUGAUGGCAGGAGAAUCCAGCAACGUUAAAAUGGUGGCAAGCACCGUCGAGGAAGCCCGUCCGUGUAGCCCCAACUCUCUUACCCACAGCCUGUCUCCCGAGAUCCAUCCCCAAGCCCUUCAGCAUUUGCUGCGUACAAUCUCCACGGACCUCUCUGCUGCACGCAGCCACUGGAUUGAAUCGGCACUCUCGUCAGUUUAAAGAGCGAGGGAAGGGGGCUUGGUUUACUCCCACAGCCAGCCGUCUGGGCACUCGGCCACUGGUGCUGUCAGUGUAAUACCAGUGUGGGCCGGUGCAUCCACAGUCCAGACCUUUACGUGGAGUGCUGUGGGCAAGCUGGUUUGUGGUGAUCAGAAGUCCCCUCUGUCCGUCAGCUUCUUGCAAGGUGUCACUUUGCUGCAGGAUGCCCGGCCCUGCAGCUCGUUUUAUUUGCCAGUACUGUGGUACUUACCCAGUCAGCGUGUCUACCCAAUGCUUCCCAUCGGGAUCCCUUCUUUGUUUAAACUUAUCCUUUUACAAAAGAUGUUUACAUUUUGCUGCAGUCGUAUGUUUACUGAUGCGUGUGCGGUGGUGGCUGGGUUCCGGGGACGGCAGUGCGGAGUGAUGGGACAUCACCAUGGUUCCUCGGCUCUCCGGCCUCAGCGUCUCUCGGCCUCGCCUGCCGGAGCGACCCGUUAUAUCAAAGACAAAAAGAAGCCGCCGUUCUCAGUCAGGACCUCUGACUUGGAGGGGGGGGGGGGGAAGCAAUUGCAGAGCUGAAACUGAAGGGAGUCACAGAACAAAGCAUAGAACGAAUCUGGGAAUAGCCCAAGGUAUGACAGUCGGCCUGACCGUAAUACUGCCGUGGCAAAUAAUGAGGUGUUUAGCAGCAAGUGAGGCAAGUGCUCUAUCUCUAGGGGGCCUGACUACCUCUGGGGUGCAGUCAAUAACGCCAUUCACACUGUACGUGUGUGUCCCCUACACACUUUCAGCAGUGAAUGUAAAUAGGACACGGCAAUAGUGUCUGGUGAUAGAUUGGUAAUGAAUAUAUUCCAGUUUGAAACUUGCAGGUAACACCGGUCGGUCACUCUGGAUCCAUGCUUCCAAACCAGCCCUAAAAUUCUGCACCUUUCUGGCUGGCUGCCUUCCAGUACAGGCCCACCACCGAUUUUUUGGCCCCAUCCCCCCUGGUUCCAGUGCCUUUCUGGAUUAUCUGUUUUGUUGGACCAACAGAAGUCACAGCCUCCGAGCAGAAUCGAACGGUACCGGAACGGUCCGCCCAGCCGCCCGGGGGGCCGAGAUGCCGACCCACAAAGUCGACCUCGGAAGUUGGCUAGGGGAACGGAUCUGCCGGCUCUGUCCGCGUCAGAGUCCCAGAGCCCCGGCCACAGGGGUCAAAUUUGACCCGCCGAUCGGCCGCGGAAGACUCGGUGAGGUCGAGAUCGGCCGCCUCACCUGGCCUGGGCGCCACAUUUCCAUAGGGCUUUAAGUGGGCACUGUACAAGAUAUUUCAAGUGUGCACUCGUAAUUCUGUCCGGAUUAAAGUGCCGGACCAGCAGUUAGUUGCUGGAAAAUCAGUGGUGGGCCUUGUCGGUAACGGACAGGUGCUUCACUGGAAAUGUAGAGCCUUGGGACUGGUGAAGAGAAGAGAUGAGAUGAGCGGUGGUCGUGAUGGGUGGGACACAUUCGCUCCACUACUUAGCAGUGAGAAAGUCCCCGACUGUAAUAUGGGUGAAACCCACUCCCCUUGUCUCCAUGAGGGGGGGAGUACAGGAAUUUUGUCAAGGUGCUAGAUUAACUCUUGAAACAAGUAAUUAACCUUUUAUACACUACAGUCAGAUUCAGUGGCUCUCCCCCAUAAUAGGUUUAAUUGGGAAUUUUCUUACUGAAAUGUCCAGGUCGAACAACAUUACUGACAUUUUGUCUUUGGUUUGAGUCUCAGUAAGUGAGAAAUGUUGGACUUCCUUCCAUUGCCUUUUCUCCCACCUCGGCUGCUCAGUUGACACCUUUCCCUAGAUGUAUUACAAACAAAUUCAGAAGACGACAACUGGAGAUUUUUUUUUUAAACCCUGCGUUACUCUUCCAUUAUUUGACCAUUACUGGUCAAGAUGAGGUUUACAGACCUUUACCCACCUAUAAGAAACGUUUUGGUAAGAAAAUUAUAAUGUCAUGUUAAAAAGUACAUUUCUAUUAGUGGGAUGCAUUAGUGUGGGAUAGACAAAAUAGAAAUUGCUUUCAUUUCUAUCCGCUGCCUCAGAAGAUGUCUUCCAAAGUAUUAUUUACUGUCAGUAUACAGUAACCCAGCACAGUAUUAAUGAGUUAUUUACAGUAAUGCUCGGCAGAAUCAACAAUCUGUAUUAAGACACAGUAUUAAGAGUCACUGCAUUAUAGUAACCCACUUCAGUAUUAAUGGUUACUAUGCACAUUCACACAGCAACAACCUACAAUAUUAAUACAGUUCUGCAUUAAUAUUACCCUUUUUUAAAAUCUAUGGGAGCGUUACCAAACUUGUUUUUAAACUAAAUCAUUGAGAUUACGGCAGGUGACCAAGGUGGAAGCUCCUUAUAUAUGUCCUCUCCACGGGAUUAAUCCCUUUAAGCUAUAAUUAUCUGCAAUAUUAACUGUACAAACAGAAUGGUGGGUGCCUUCUGAUAUGAACUAUGGGCAAGUGGGUACUUGGCGUUAAACACUAUAACGGCCAGUGUUUUGGGCCCUGUAGCCUAGUUCUUUGUAUUGAUGAUGUACAGUGACUGCCAACACCAUGAUCAAGGAAGCUUGCUGCAGGAUGGACAGUCUAACUAAAACUGGACAAUAAUUACAGCACAAAAUACUUUUAAGUCGACAGAUUGCAGUUUGUUUUUUAAAAGUUUAUUAUUGGAGAUGUAUUCUUGUCUUAAUGCUGCGACCCACACUGCAUUUCUUUACAAAUGCUUCUGUGAGCAUGUUUACAGUGUACACAGCUGUGGUGGCAUCCUUGUUUUAGUCAUCCCCAGUAUUGUCCUGUUCUUCAGUCCGUGACUCAUCUCAGUGAUACAGCGUGCAGCUCACACCACCAGUUUGGAGCUGUUUUAACAAAUAAUUCAGAUUGGAUAAUCUAUCCUCCUACUUUCCAUUCCCAAGAUCAAUCAGGCUUCCAGCUUUACGAAGGAAGAUUCAUAGCCAACAUUUCAUCUAUAUUUUCUAAUCAUGAGAGCAUGCCAUUCAAAGAUGUUUCCUCUAAAAAUGCUGAGGCUCUGGAGGAUGCCAUGGUUAAAGAUAUUGAUGUCACCUCUCAUUUGGCAUUGAUUAGCAAAUUCAGACAAAUGUUACAAGAAAAUUAUCUUGCUGGUGGCUUGAGUGUAGGGUCAAAAUUUGGUUGGGUUGAAGCAAUAAUUUUACCCCAUGUCUAAUUCGUACUGCCUCGGCAAAAUACAGGAGCUUUACUUUCAAUCCUACCAAUGUUUGGUGGAACAGUAAAGGAGUUUUACUCUGUCCUAUCAAACUUUCCCAGAACUGGUGGGCAGCACAGAAGAGAAACAGUUUUUUUUUAAUGUAUGCUUCCCCUGCCUCGGGAACAUUUUGGUGGGCAGUUCAUUGGGAGCUCUAUUUCUGUGUCUAAUCUGUACCAGAUAUGCUCUUGAAACUAAACACACAUCUGUGCCUGAAAUUGUGGUUUGCAGCACAAGUGCAAGGUUCAGUAAAAAUCAAAACAGAGAUUGGGAGUAUUGGCGCCGUUGUACAUGAGGUGUCCAUGUGUGCUUUUCAGAGUCAUUGAAAGAUGCGGUGCAGAACUGAGCUGUUGGCAAAUGGUGAAAGUGCAAUUUUGGAAGAUUCACGAGUCAUAGCAAAGACUAACGUUUGUAGUCUUAUUCCAAACUAAAAAACCUCUGCAUGCCCGAGUCUAAAAUCGUGUGUAGCACAUGGCUUUUUUUUUAUAAGUCCUCUCUCAUCCUUUAGGGUUUCCACUCUGUUCACAUGUGGGCCACAGCGUCUCUCUUUAGAAGCAUGGUGCUGUUUUUAUACUAUAAUAUCAAGCAGUAAAACUCAUUAUCUGGUCGCUGUCAUUCCUCUUGAGUCUGGAGAGCACACGGCACAAAUGAUACUGCAAGAUGCGUGAGACCAGACACAGGUGUGUCGCAGAGUAGGGGGUUUUACUGUUUGAAAUGAGAGGACAUAACCACAUUUGACAAGUAGAAUGCCUGUAGAAUCUUCACAAUAAAACUCCUUUUUGUAAGAGUUUUAUUUUUUAAAUGUUCGGGGGAGUUGGGAUACAGAAGCAGCCGUUGUAUCCAACAUCACCUUAGUUAACACCUGAUCACAGCUCUGACUGCUUCUUCCAAGAAGAAAGUGAACCAUAAUAUCUACUGCAAUUCUGCCUGCAAAUCAAAACCUAGGCUUAGACUACAGGCCACAGCGUUGAGCAUUCAAUUCAAUUGCUCCGACACUAUUUUAUAUAAAUGCACAAUAAGAUCUGAAAAUAAGUGGCUUCUGAUCUCCCUUCUGCAAGGACAGCACCCCAAUGUGUUUUAUUCCUUGUGUGAUGUUGCCUGGGUCCAUGAUACUCAAGUUUCUCAAUAUAGGAAUAUUGAUAAACCCCGAAUCUGAAACAUUUGUUCUCUACAUUUUCUUUAAGACUACUGGUUUAGAAACUGCACCUGGUAUUUUAUUUUUGUAAACAUCACAAGAUGUAAAAAGGGACCUGUGCACCUCUUGUCAAAUGCGUUACCUUUUUGAGAAUGGAAAUUUAAUUUGCCUUUGAUUCUUUGCCUGUUAAUGGCAGCUGAUAUGGUCAAAUGCGCUGCUAUAUGCUCCUCUAAAGGGCGAGUGUGAACCACCAGAGGCCCAAGGAUAUCGGUUGGACUCAAUCGCAGCUGUGUUUGCUCCGUCUUAGUCAAGCGGCUCACUGGUGAAUAUUGGCUAACUCGCAAUUUCAACCCCCUCCCUCCCUCCUCUCUGAUCGAGAGCUGCUCCUGAGAGGUGGAAAUCUCAAACUCACAGGUGAACAGGCCCCUUUCAUUGUUAAGCAUUAAGGUAAUUAGAUGUCCAAAGAAUUGAGUUGUAGUGUAUCUUAUGCAUUAAUUUAUUCAUGAGUAUCUAAUGUAUAAAUAUUUAUCUCUAUAGUAAUUGGGGUGCAAGAAUCAAUACUAAAUACAGGGCACAGCUCAACUUUUUCUAAAUGAGCUGGCUCUAAAUCCAUACCCUCUGACUGGAAUUGUAGGAAUAUGCUUCUGCUUCAGCCCCACAAUAUUGUUAGAUGAUUCUGUCAGUAUUUUUCAUUUUGGAAGGAUUGUUGUGACAUUAUAGCGGCAUAGUUAAUGUUUUAACACUCUUGCCUCGUUUGAUCUGAUAUCUCGGGACUCUGGCAGUGUUGAUACUGAUCCCUGUUGCUCAAGCUCCAUCGACAGGAGAGCCCAGUCAUCAUGUGGUUAGACAUCACUGGGGGCGUGGCAUCAAUGUGCUGUUCAGUUCCGGGACUUGUAUUUUUAUCUACAUUGUCCAUCUGCCGAUCGUCUGUCUGUCUGUGUGACAUGCAAAGUUAGACACAAACUGCUAGAAUGUACAAGUGACAUUUUCUGGUUUUUAAACUCACUUUGGCUCCUAACCAGCCUGUUUCGCUGGUUACUUGUGCAGGAAACUCAAUCUAAGAGACUGACGUGGUCUCCUGCAUUUUAGUUAGUCUGAAAUCACCUUUUACUGUAGAUAUCCAGUUUUGUUUAAAUAUUUAAAGUAUUUGCCAGAUUAACUGUACUAGCAAAAUAAAUGUGAACCUGUGUUAUGUUCA